AUGGCGAGCGAAGAGGAGGGGGAGCUGAAGGUUCCCGAGGAGAUGUUUAAAGACGUCAAGUUCUACGCGGUGGGAGACCUGGACCCGCAGGUUAUUCGGUUUCUGAAAGAAGGCAAGGCAAAGGAGGUUUCCUAUAAUGCUCUGGCAUCACACAUCAUUUCAGAAGAUGGAGACAAUCCAGAGGUUGGAGAAUCGCGUGAAGUAUUCGAUCUUCCUGUAGUAAAACCUUCCUGGGUGAUUUUGUCAGUUCAAUGUGGAGCUCUUCUGCCAGUGAACGGUUUCUCCCCAGAAUCCUGCGAGAUCUUUUUUGGAGUUGUUGCUUGUCCAUCUCAGGUUUCUUCUGAAGACCGAAGCACGCUGUGGGCUUUGAUUACUUUUUAUGGUGGUGAAUGCCAGCUGAGCCUCAAUAAAAAAUGCACUCAUUUAAUUGUACCUGAACCAAAAGGGGAAAAAUAUGAAUGUGCCUGUAAAAGGGAGAAUGUUAAAAUCGUGACACCUGACUGGGUUUUAGAUUCCAUCUCCAAUAAAACCAAAAAAGAUGAAGCAUCCUACCAUCCUCGGUUAAUUGUAUAUGAGGAAGAGGAGGAGGAGGAAGAGGAGGAGGAGGAGGAAAAUGAAGAACGAGAUUCUCAAAAUGAAGCCAGUACAGAUGAAAAAUUAUCAAGUCCAGCAUCUUCUCGAGAAGGGUCACCUUUGGGUGAGCCACCUUUUUCACCGAAGUCUAUUGAUGUGGACAAAACAAAAGGAGAACUGAUGUUUGAUGAUUCUUCAGACUCCUCUCCUGAAAAGCAUGAGAGAAAUUUGAACUGGACACCUGCUGAAGUUCCGCAGGCUUCUACUACAAAGCACAGAUUACCUCCGGGCAAGGAUUCCGGAUUGAUUAACCUGUGUGCCAAUGUUCCACCUGUCCCAGGCAGUAUUCUGUCCUCGGAGAUUAGAAGUAACAUAAUAACGUCAGUGCAAAACCCUCAGAGUUCCGGACGUCCUGAAAAGAUGGCUACAUGGAGUACGGCAGUUCGGACGUUAAGGAAUAUUACGAAUAAUGCUGAUAUUCAGCAAGUUAAUAGGCCAUCAAAUGUAGCACAUAUCUUACAAUCACUUUCAGCACCUACAAAAACUUUAGAGCAGCAGGUAAACCACAGCCAACAGGGACAUUCAAAUGCAGUGUUGCUUAGUCAAGUUAAAAUGACGCCGGAAACACACCUACUGCAGCAGCAUCAACCGCAGCAGCAGCAGCAGCAGCAGCCGCACCAUCCUCUCUUGCACCUCCAACCCCAGCAAAUCAUGCAGUUGCAACAGCAACAGCAGCCGCCGCCGCAGCCGCCGCCGCCUCCAGUGGCUCAGCAGCCUUUUCCUCAACAGCCUCAUCAGUUUGCUCAGCAGCAGCAGCAGCAGGUUCACCAACACCAGUUUGCUCAGCAGCAGCUGCAGUUUCCUUCCCAGCAGUUGCACGCCCAACAGCAGCUCCAUCGCCCUCAGCAGCAGUUGCAGUUUCAGCAGCAGCAGCAGCAUGCCUUGCAGCAGCAGUUGCAUCAGUUGCAGCAGCAACAGCUGCAGCAGCAGCAAUUACAGCUGCAACAGCAAAACCUUCAGCAACAGUUGCAGCAGCAGCAUCAACAGCAGCAACUGCAGCAGCAGCAUUUGCAGCGAAUACAGCAUCAGCAUCAGCAACAACAGCAGCAGCAACAACAACAGAUUCAGAAUCCACCAUCACAGCACUUGUCUCAAACAUCUCAGACACUACAGCAUCACGUUCCAGUUCAGCCCCCACAACAUCCACAGCCACAGCAGCUGCAACAACAUCAACUGUUUGGGCACGAUCCUUCUGUAGAAAUUCCAGAAGAAUAUUUCUUAUUGGGUUGUGUUUUUGCGAUUGCUGAUUACCCAGAGCAGAUGUCUGAUAAACAGCUGUUGGCAACAUGGAAAAGGAUAAUCCAAACACAUGGUGGAACAGUAGAUCCCACGCUCACAAGCCGAUGUACACAUCUUCUCUGUGAAAGUCAACUAAGUAAUAUGUAUGCUCAGGCUUUGAGAGAGAGGAAGAGAUGUGUUACUGCACAUUGGCUGAACUCUGUGCUAAAGAAAAAGAAAAUGAUACCACCUCAUCGAGCUCUUCAUUUUCCAGUAGCAUUUCCACCAGGAGGAAAACCAUGUUCUCAACAUAUAAUCUCAGUGACGGGUUUUGUUGACAGCGACAGAGAUGAUCUCAAGCUGAUGGCCUACCUAGCAGGUGCAAAAUACACAGGAUAUCUUUGUCGCAGCAACACCGUUCUCAUCUGCAAGGAGCCUACAGGCUUAAAGUAUGAGAAAGCCAAAGAAUGGAGAAUACCAUGUGUGAAUGCACAGUGGCUUUGCGAUAUAUUACUUGGGAAUUUUGAGGCGUUACGGCAAAUGCAGCAUAAUCGAUACACAGUCUUCAGCCUUCAAGAACCACUUGCUCCUAAUCAGCACCUAGUUCUAAACCUUCUUGAUGCCUGGAGAGUGUCACUGAAGGUAUCAUCGGAAAUUCUCAUGGGUGUGAGGUUACCUCUUAAACCAAAGCAAAAUGAAUCAGUAAUUCAGCCUUCGACCAAAAGGCCAAGAAUUGAAGACUUGCCAACACCUACUAAGAAACUGUCACCAGAAUUGACGCCAGUGGUGCUCUUCACAGGAUUUGAACCUACUCAGGUUCAGCAGUAUAUCAAGAAACUCUACAUUCUUGGGGGUGAAGUAACAGAAUCCGCCCAGAAGUGCACACACUUAAUAGCCAGUAAAGUGACCCGAACUGUAAAAUUUCUAACAGCAAUUUCUGUUGUAAAGCAUAUAGUAACUCCAGAAUGGUUAGAAGAAUGUUUCAAGGGCCAGAAGUUUAUAGAAGAACAAAGCUACAUGUUGAGAGAUGCAGAAGCUGAAGUUCUCUUUUGUUUCAGUUUAGAAGAAUCUUUGAAGAGAGCUCAAGCGGCACCGCUCUUUAAGGGAAAGUACUUUUAUAUUACACCUGGAAUUUGCCCUAGCCUUUCCACCAUGAAAGCUAUCGUGGAAUGUGCUGGGGGAAAGGUAUUGUCCAAGCAGCCUUCUUUCCGGAAACUCAUGGAGCAUAAGCAAAACAAAAGCUUGUCAGAGAUUAUCCUGAUCUCUUGUGAAAAUGAUCUUCACUUAUGUCGAGAAUAUUUUGCCAGAGGCAUAGAUGUCCACAAUGCAGAAUUUAUUCUGACUGGUGUUCUUACUCAGACGCUGGAUUAUGAAUCAUAUAAGUUCACCUGACUGGAAGUACAAUGCCUUAUAGCUUCAGCCUUCUUGAAGACAUUGUUCGAGGUUUUCCAGCCUGUGGGUCAAUUAAGCAGUCCUUUCUGAAUUUUUUUUGUUUUUGUUUUCCGCUUGCUUUGCUG